UUAUUUCAGUUAAGAAAUGUGACAUUUCCUGAGGGAACACACUCCAUAGAGAAAGCUUUUCAAUGCUAUCAUUGUGGAAAGAGUUUUCUGCAGUAUUGGAGCCUGAAAUCACAUGAGCAAACACACUCUGUAGAGAAGCCUUUCCAAUGCUCCAAAUGUGGAAGUAGUUUUCCCAGGUUUGGCAGCCUCAAACGGCAUGAGAGGACACACACAAGUGAAAAGCCCUACAAAUGCUCUCACUGUUUACAGAGAUUUACCCAGUCAUCGUAUUUGAAAUAUCAUGAGAGAAUUCACACGCAAGAAGAAACAUUCCAGUGCUGUCAGUGCGGAAAGGGCUUUAUCAGGUUUGCGAGCUUGAAACUGCACGAGAGAAUACACUACAUAGAGAAACCUUUCAAAUGCUGUCAGUGUGGAAAGGGUUUUACUAGGUUUGGGAGCCUGAAACUGCAUGAGAGAAUACACACAGGGGAGAAACCAUUCAAAUGCUCCCAAUGUGGAAAGAGUUUUGCCAGGUCAGCGAUCCUGAAAAAUCAUGAAAGGACACACACUAGGGAAAAGCCCUACAACUGCAUUCAUUGUGGACAGAGAUUUAUACAGUUUUCUCAUCUGAAAUGUCAUGAGAGAAUACACAUGCAAGAGAAACCAUUUCACUGUUCUUAGUGUGGAAUUGUUUUUACCAGGGUUGGGAGCCUGAAACUGCAUAAAAGAACACACACAGGGGAGAAACCAUUCAUAUGCUCAAAAUGUGGAAUGAACUUUGCCCAGUUAGGGAGCCUGAAAAAGCAUGAGAAAAACAAACAUGAGAAGCCAUACUACUGUUCUUUGUGUGGAAUGAGUUUUAGUCAGCUACAGAACCUUAAAGAACAUGAGAGAAUGCAUGCAGUAGAGAAGGCCUACCACUGCUCUAAUUGUGAAAAGAUAUUUCAAGCUUUGCUCUGAACUAUGUUUUUGAAUGAGAAUUUAGGGUUUUAUUAAUGACUUAUUAAAUCACAUUCGUAUUUAUGAAUUAAAGCAUGAUACCAGAACCCCUAA